CAAGCAUGAGGUCCCGAGUUCGGUACCUGGAAGCGCAUGUGCCAGAGUGAUGUCUGGUUCUUUCUCCCUUCUAUCUUUCUCAUGAAUAAAUAAAUCUUUAAAAAAAAAAGAAAGAAAGAAAGAAAGAAAAAAGAAGAAAAAUGGCCUCCAGGAGCAGUAGAUUCAUAGUGCUGGCACCGAGCCCCAGAGACUAUCCUGGAGGGAAAAAAUAAAUAAGUGAAUAAGUGAAUAAAAUAACUUCCAAAGGAAGCAAUCAGGGUGAGUGCAGGGCCGCUGAGCCGCUGCCCCUGUGGCCGAGCCUCCCGGGUGAACGGGACAGCUGACAGCGCAGGGACCGUGCCCUCCAGCCCGACACCCUGACUGCUUGAACCUUUGCCCCUCUGUCCUGGGGCUGCUGAAGGCCUGGGGUGCCGGCCACUCACUGUGCCCAGCGCUCACUGCGGUCACCUGCACACACCCUCCCUGAGGCUCUGAAUCUUGGCCUUGCCGGUCCCGCGAGUGGGGGCAGCGAAGCAGGUGUCUCUCGUCUCCCCGUCUCUCUGUCUCUGGAGACCCACAGCUGGGUCCCUCCUCUGCGGACGCCUCGCCCCUGGGUGCCCCAGGAGCACUUCCUGUCACAUCCAUUUGGGUCACCCCCCCACCUCUGCCGGUCACCUCCCCCUGGUGCCGGUCUUCCUGGUGAGCUUUCCGUCUCCCAUGGUGCCUAGAGAAGUGGAGGCACAAGGACGAGUCCUGGAACUUCCUGCAGAGCUACGACACCGAGAUGAUCAAGGAUGAGAAGCGCCGGGAGCUGGAGGCCGAGAUCCGGGUGCAGGUGGACGAGCUUAUGAGGCAGGAGCUGAAGAACCUCAAGUUGGCUGUGAACCGGGAGCGGGAGCUGCCUCCCAGAGUCGGCAAGAAGAAGGAAGGACCUAGAAAGAAGAAGGGGAGCCGCGGGGGGAAGGACAAGGACCUGACCUCUGACCGGACCAUUGAGUCCCUGUACAGGGAGCUGGUGGAGCAGGGCCUGGUCAUCCCUCCCCUGAAGGUCAACCUGGCCGACUUCAUCGGUGACUACUGCUUCCUGGGCACGUCCCUGCGCCAGGUGUCCGUGGAGCCCAUGCCGUCCCUACUGGACGUGCGACAGCUGGUGACACUCUACGGCAUCCUGCCCCUCGGCUCGGCCACCGUGCACGAGAAGGCCCCGCUGGUGAAGUCGCUGCUGCUGGCCGGGCCGGCGGGCGUGGGCAAGAAGAUGCUGGUUCACGCCAUCUGCACCGAGACGGGCGCCAACCUCUUCAACCUGUCGGCCGCCAACAUCGCGGGCAAGUACCCGGGCAAGGUCGGCCUCCAGAUGCUGCUACACGUGGUCUUCAAGGUGGCCAGGGAACUGCAGCCCUCCGUGGUUUGGAUUGAGGACACGGAGAAGACCUUCUACAAAAGGGUGCCCAACACGGAGCGCUCGAUGGACCCCAAGCGCCUGAAGAAGCAGCUGCCCCGGGUCCUGAAGCUGCUGAACCCAGAGGACCGGGUGCUGAUCGUGGGCACCACCCGCCGGCCGUUUGACGCCGAGCUGCAGUCUUUCUGCAAAGUCUACCAGAAGAUCAUCCUGGUGCCGCGGCCCGACUACGCGUCCAGAUACGUGCUGUGGAAGGAGGUCAUCGCGCGACACCAGGGUGUGGUCACCAGCGCCCUGAACCUCAGCUGCCUGGCCAAGGUGACCGACGGCUUCACGCAGGGCGACAUCGUGCAGGUGGUGCAGAGGGUUCUCACGGAGCGGCGGCUCAGGCAGCAGGGCCGCAGGCCCCUCACGGCCGCCGAGUUCACCGCGGCGCUCACCAGCAUGGACCCCGUGUACCAGGAGGAAGAGGACUGCUUCAAGGACUGGUACGCCAAGACGCCCCUGGGAAGGAGGCGGGCCCAGGCUCUGAGCAAGAGAGCAGACCGGGAGGAAAAGGCCAGGAAGGGGCUGUGAGCCCUCGCUCUGCCGCCCUGCACCCCACACCCGCUCACCCACCUGCGCCAGACGGUCGCAUGGGACCCCGGCCCACGGCCACGCCCCGCCCUCAGGCGGCCAGGCUCCCCCAGCCCUGUCCGUGCUGGCGCCGGGCUCCCUGUGGGUGCCACUCCAGGGUUCGGGUUGGCAGCCCCUGGCCCUCUGGGUCUCACCUCAGGAAUAAAAACUGUUGUCCUCAGA